GCACCGUCUGCAAACUGCCUGCGGGCAGCCGCGUGGCUGUGUAUCGCAAUCCUUCGCUGCAUCCAGGGGACGUGCGCGUAAUGACUGUGGCUGCUGAGUCGCCCAUGUGGGACCAUCUGGUGGAUGUGGCUGUGUUCUCGGCCCAGGUUUAUGGGCUAGUGCACUCGCCCCCACUUGUGGUACCUCUAACGUCUCUGAUGACUUCAUUCGAAGAGUAUGAAUACCACGUGUGA